GAAAAUUUUACAGCCGCGUUUGCUGCUCGCUGAAGGAAAAUAAAAUUAACCAGGAGCGCAAAAAAACGCGUAUCGUAAUUUAUCUGCGCAGCUAGGCAGAUCAACGGGAUUGAAAAGGGUUAGCAAAGUAUUUAACUAAUACCCGGCAGCAGUUUGUUAACCUGACUUCGCCGAGAGGUACCAAAGAGGCCCAGGAAUAGUUUUAGUCACAUCUCAAAAAUCCCGCAACGUUUCCAAUAAGCAAGCAUACAUAAAUGGUUUCUACUUUUAUUGGUCUAUUAGACAUUCAAUCAUGGUGGGAGAUACCGUGUAUUUCGCAUUUCUGUUCAUUGUUUAGUUCCGCCUUUGAUCUGCCCGACAUCGACAUCGAGGACCUCGAAUCGGCGCUGCUUUCCGAUGGUACCAGCGAUGAGGAUCAGGUCGCCUUAGUGCCAGAGUUAAUUGUGCGCCUGCUUAAGGGCUGCGAUGCGCUACAGUCGGUAGCCAAGGAAAUCACACACAGCAACUAUCAGAUGUUCUUGCGUCGCUUCCUGCGCCAACAGUGUCGCCUGCACCAGACCGAGAACCACUUCGACACGGACAUUGACUUCCAGUCGCUGCCCGUGCGCAAGCGCCUGCACAUCCUGCACGACCUGUGUCACUUUCGCCUAGAUUCGGCCGAUGUGCAGGUCAUUCUCAGCAAUCUAGAGGCGGACAGUCUGCGCGUGGAGCCCCUGGGCUACGACGCCAAAAACUCCGGCUACUGGUAUUUCUACGGCACGCGGCUCUAUCGCGAGGACAAGGCAGCGGCAGCCUCCAGCUCGGGUUCGUCAGGUUCGGGAUCCGGAGGCGACGGAUCAGCCUCUUCUGGCGGAGCAUCGAGCAGCAAAGGCAUCGGCAGCAACGGCACAGUCUGGCAGGUCAUCUGCUUUACAGAGGAGGACUGGCAGAACUUGGCCGCCAAGUUCAAGACCUCAACGAACGCUAAGGAGCGCGAACUUUUCCACAUACUCGAUGACAACUUUCUGCCCAAGCUUCCGCAGCUUUUUCGUGAGCGUGAGCGUUUGAGGCGCAGAAAACUUCUGCAAGUGCGUAACUCCAGUCGCAUUCGCAAUAUAGCUGAGUUGAAGGCGCGCCAAGAGGAGGAACGCCUGCGACGCGAACGGGAGAGUCUCUACCAGGAGCGGCAAAACGCGCACUGGCUAGCACCGCCCCAGCAGCAACAACAGCAGCAGCAACAACAGCAACAGCAGCAGCAACAACAACAGCAGCAGCAGCAAUCCCAGCAGCGCACACGCAGACGAUCGCAAUCAACAUCGACGGCUAGUGGUAUUUCAACCUAUGCAAGCUCCCUUAGACGAACAACCACAACUAAUUCGAGCGAAUUUCUGUGCCACAGGGAAACCUUCUGCCUCUCCCCAGAAAACGACGAAGACGACGACGACGAGGCCCUUGACGCGGAGCAGCAGCCAAAUCAGCCAGAGCAACAAGAACAUCAGCCGCGAGAGGAGGAGCAGCAGCAGGAAGCGGAGGAAUUAUUAGCUGCCUCAGCAACUGGCGACGAUUUUCGCUCUCCAGAAACACCAAAAUCGCAAACGCCGGUGGAAUUAAAGAGCAAGAGCGGCCACCACCACCAUCAUCAUCAUCACCACAAGAAGAAAAAAUCGGGCAAGAAGCAGAAGAAGAGACACCAUCGGGAUAGAGAUCGUGAGCGAGAUCGCGAACACCAUCAUCAUCAUCGGCGUCGACACAAGUAUGCUUCAGAGGCGGACGAAGGCGAGGACGAUAACAAUAACCACAACAGCAACAGCAAUAGCAACAGUAACACCAAUAGCACCAGCAGCAAUAAUAGUGCCCAACCAAAACGGCGACGCAGUGGCCACCAGCAACAUCAACAGAAUCAGCCAGAGGCACAGGAACCCACGACUUCUCUAAGUCCCGAGGACAAGGAGAACUUUUGUAGGCAGCUGCAGCUAUUAGACACUAAUUCGGCGGCCAUCGCGGUUGCCACGAGUAUUGCUGAUCUCAGUCUGCCAUCGCCGGUGGCACAUGAGAGUGAAACGGAGCAGGACGAGCAGGUGGAUCGGCCGGCAGCAGCGCAACUAGAGCGCCCAGCGAUAGCUCCUUCAAUGGCGCCAGCGGCCAAUGUUAAAUUGCCAGGCAGGCAGACAAACAAUUCGCUGAGUUCGCUUACUGGAAACAUAUUUAUACCGGGAGGAAGCGCUCAGCAGCAGCAGCAACAAUCACAGCAGCAGCAAUCGCAGGAGCCUCAGAGCAGCAGUAGCAGCAGCCAUAGUGGUACCACCGUCAGCACAGUGCGUUCCAAGAAACAAAAGGCCGUGCUGAACAGCACUGGGAGUAGCAGCAGCAGUAAAGUGGCGGACAAGGCGGAUCGCAAUUUGAGCAAGGCGGAAGCGGGCAAGUCCAAGAAGUCGACGGCGGGCUCAUCGGCGUCCUCAUCCUCUAGCAAGGCGGAGCGAAACAGCGGUGCCUACUCGGACAAGAGUGGCGAUGACCAUGUAAAUAGUAGCAACCGUAGCACCACCAACAACAACAGCAGCCUUAACAACAACAACCAUAAGCACGCGUCGCACCACAGUCACAACAACAACAACAGCCAUUCAACGACGGCAUCGGCUAUAACAACAGCAACAACGACAACGUCGCAGGGAUAUCAUAAUUCGAAUCAUAAUCAUAAUCAAAAUAAUCACAACCACCAUACCUCCCACUCACACCACAGCCACCACCACCACCACCACCAUACCACUAAUAACUACAGUAACAAACAUAAAUCCAAAACGCACCACUCCCUAACCCACAACAACAAUAAUCACACAACAAAUGCAACAAGCACAUCACAACACCUCCCAGUAAACACAAACAACAAUUCAACGUACAACUCCUCCAAUCAUGCGAAUCUUCUUAGCUUCACCGAAACGGAGGAGGUCCUGCAAAUCGGAAUGCACAAGGUGCUCGUCUAUGUGAAAAACCAUCGCGAUGCCUGGCCAUUUGUGGAUCCCGUGGAAGAGGAUAUAGCUCCACGCUAUUACUCGAUCAUCAGGAGACCCAUGGACCUGCUGAAGAUGGAAGACAAGCUAGACAGUGGGGAAUAUCACAAAUUCAGCGAAUUCCGCAAUGACUUUCGCUUGAUUGUCAACAACUGCAGAUUGUACAAUGGGCACAAUAAUGAAUACACAGAGAUGGUGAACAAUCUUCAGGAUGCUUUUGAAAAGGCAACCAAAAAGUACUUUGAGAAUCUCUCGGACGACGAGGACGAUGAUCCCAAUCUGAGCUAUCCUGCAGCCGACUCAAAGAUGAAUGUAUUCCGCGAAAAGUACUUCAGCAAAAAGGCCAAGGAGGAGACGGAGAAAGAUGCGCCAGGUCGUCUGGAAAGUAGUGCCGAGGACGAUCUCAGCGAGAUUGAAGCGGAGGCCACACAAAAAGCCCAAAAACGCAAGCGGAAGGAAAAAGACAAACGACGCAAAAAGAAAACCAAGAGCAAGGCAGAUCCGGAAACGGAUGAUGAAGACUUGGAGCCCGAGAGGGAACCAACGCCACCGGCACUUCCUCCUCCGCCAAUAAGCAAGAAAAGCAAAACGGGCAAGUUAACCAAGGAAAAAGAAAAGGAAAAGGAUAAAGAAAAGGAGAAAGAAAAGGAAAAGGAGAAAGAAAAGGAAAAGGAGAAGGAAAAGGAUAAGGAUAAGGAAAUAACUUCAUCUAAGCGAGGACGCAAGACUAAGGGCGAAAAGUCUGCGUCUAAGCCCAGCAAACUGCAGCAAAAGACCAAAAAAGGGGCCAAGAAGUCGGCGCCCGAAUCCGAGCCCGAAUCAGAUCCAAGCGACAGCCGCGAGAGCGAGGACUAUAGCGAUGAUGACCACAUAUCGUUGGCCAAGGCCAAGUCCCUGAUCAAGCCCACAGCACGAACGAUAGCGGCCCAGAAGAAGAAAAUAGUACCUGCUGAAUCCAAGGUAAAGAUGCCCACCCCAGUCAAACGCCAAGUAAAAGGCAAGGGAAAAGGUGGACGCAAGGUUAAAGACGACUCACUAGACAGCGAGCUUUCCGAUGUGGAUGUGAAGAAACAGCUGCCACCAACGGCAGCUGCUGCUUUAGCUGAAUCCGCCGCCGAGCUGGAAGAUGACGACGAUGAUCAGCCCGCGGAUGAAGACGAAGAUGAGGACGGCUCGCGGUCCCGAAGCAUGUCACCCUUCAAGGUUGAUCUCCACAAAAAAUACUCAAAAAGUGCCCUUAACGAUGAUCUCUCCGAGCUGCUGACCACUGUGAAGAAGGUUCCCACGGCGGAGACCACAAAACUGAGUGCUCGGCACCAGGACGAAGUGGAUGAUGACGAGGAAAAAUCCUUCCGAGAGUCCGAUGGGGACUUUAAAUCCUUAAGUAGCAGUCGGGCUAGCUCCCCUGAGCGUCCGCCGGUGGCAAAAAAGGGCAAAAAGGGGGACAACUCAAAAAAGGAGAAGGAAAAAAAGAGCAGGGAUAAGGAGAAAGAUAGGGAUAAGGACAAAGACAGGGAUAAGGAUAAGGACAAAUCCCGCAGCGCUAAGCACAAGAAGAAUAAGGAAGAAUCCCCACUUUCGGCAGCCGCUUCGGCAGCUGCAGCCGAGCAGGCUGAGCUGGAAAUGCUGCUGCCCUUUAUGGACAAGUACGAUGUUAUCAAGUUCCGACGUAGUCGUGCAGCCUUGAGCGGGUCCAGCGCCUCCAACUCGAUAGCUCCUUCCGAGGAUUCCAAACCAGCAAGCACCAAAAGCAGUAGGGAUAGCAAAAGAGCAGCAGUAAAACGGGAAAAAUCUCCCGAUCCUGUGGAGCACAAGCGCGGUCGUAAGAGUAAAGAUCAAAAGCGAUCAAAGGACUUGGAUAAACUAGAGAAAACUGAUAAAGUUUCCAAAGCCGAUUCCGAGAAACACUCUGAAAAGUCAACGAAAAAAGAGGAACAACCUAAAGUAGUGGAAAAACCUCUAAAAGAGAAAUCACCUGCUCCGGAAGUCCCUCUAGAAACGAUAAAGGAACCUCCUGCUCCAGCUGCAGCCCCUGCACCUGCACCCAGUAAAGUAAAAGAAGCCGCUGGAAAAACGGCGGCUAAGAAAAGACCCGACAAACAAAUGCCCCCGCCUCCCAAACCAGCUGAUAAACCAAGUGAAAAGGGCUCUGGUAAGAAAACUUCCAACAAAAAAGGAGUCCAAAAGGCAGGCCAACCGCAAACCAACAACAACACAAAUCUGGAAGCUUUGGAUGUGGAAACCGAACAGACCCUCAAAGACAUAAAUCGCUGGCUGGAGCUUACGCCUCGCUUUACGGAGUUCAGCUCGGCUAGCAAUUCACCAUCUCGUUAUAAUCUCUUGGAUGAUUUUGACUCAGGAAUGGGAAGUAAACUAGAUGGAGCAGACUUUCGACGACCAGUCGCGUUGGCUGCUCCAAAAGCAGAAUUGGUACCAACUAAAUUGGCGGAGGCUCUCAAUGAACUGGUCAGCGAACCGAAAGAGGCAGCCAGUAAAUCAGAAUCGGAAUCGGUGGCCCCAACGCCCAGCAGUGUGAGCAGCAGCUGUGGAACCCCACCUCAUUCGAUGCACUCAGGGAAUUCCAUUGGCAGCACAUCCGCCACUGCAGCAUCCAGUUCAAAUUGUUCUAAUAAUUCGAUGCCCACGCCCUUACCUGUAGCAGUUACUCCAACGCCAACACCUGCUCCUCCACCACUGCUUCCCAUUCCCAAGCCAAAGGAGCCGAGUACAACUCAGCUGCUUCUGAAUCCACCACCACCGCCUCAUAUCAAACAGCAACUGGCUAAGGAGGCCAAGCGCAAAUCCCUGAAAGAAAAACAGGCGGCUCAAGCAGCCCAAGCUCAGCAGGUGAAAGCCAAGGCUAAUGUUAUGAGGACAAUUGAACGUCUUCAGCCAGGCAAGGCCAAGGGUAAUCUUCUGCAGAAUGUAGCUGCUGGGAAGUCAACGGAGGAAAGCGGAGACUCCCACGCAAGUGGGAACCCGGUUGCCACCAAGGUUAAAGAGCUGAAGAAUGCUCUCAUCACUGAAACCUGCGAGGGUGCACCAAAGCUGAGUUUGGGUACGGUUCUCAAAACCCAGGACUUUUCACUGAGCAAAACCCUUGAGGAAAUGUCAGGGAAAAAAGCCACAGAUGAAGAUGACAGCCCCAAUGAGGAAAGCAAAUCGGAGAAGCCUUCUACACCCACAACACCGAACAAAGAAGCACCAAAACCGUUUGAAGCUCUUUUAGAACUCAGUAAAAUAGUCAAAUCCUCAGAGGGAACGAAAACGGAAGCGAGUCAAAAGGAAAAGCCUAAUCUGAGCGCCUGGCUAAAAGCUUUUGGUGGUCCAAAGGUUAGCAAAAAGUCCGAGGAGGAAGAGAAACAGCAGACGUCUACACAAGAUCUUCAAGGUGAUGCCAAGGUGGCUCCACCAGCUCAUUCGCCUGCUGGGGACAACUUCUCUUUGCCAACGGUGAUGCGUCAAAGAAAACCAAGCACGGGGAGCACGAAUUCGGAAAGGAGUUCCUUUAGCCAGGACCCGGAUUCUCCGAGAAUAGCCAUCGAUGAGCGUUAUGGAUCCUAUGCGGCUGGUUCUUAUACCUCGCCAAUUGGCGCCUCACCUAUUGGAGCAUCUCCCAUUAUGGUUUCCCCCAAGCCUAAUGAUGAUAUGGGCAAACCAGCGUCUCCUUAUCCCCUAAAUGGAGCUAUCAAAGUGGGAUUCUACCAGGACACUACGACGAAAAGCAGUCCGGACAAGAGUUGCAGUCCCAGGGAGAUGAACUCUCCAUAUCCCCAGUACUCCCAGCAUAUCUACUCCUCUGCGUCGUCACCCAAUGUAUCCACUCCGGAUAUGAGUGGAACUUCUCCCUAUGGAGGUGGAAAUAGCUACAAUCCCUCGGGCUCUGAGGCGUCCAAGACUCCGGCCUACUCUUCCACAUCCCCGCUUCCUAUUUAUGACCAAUACAAGCAGCCGCGCUCCCAGGAAUCUGACUACAACUCUUCGAUGAGUCCGAGCACCCCUAACCCACACUCGCCAUACCAGCAGCCCCAAAGUUCUCCGUACACCACGCCACAGCAAUCGCAAUCGACGCACCCCUCGCCAUAUCAUGGCCAGUCGCCGUACCACCAGCAGCAGCACUCACCAUAUCAUCCACCAGCGGCUCAGCAGCAGCAGCAAUCCUCGCAACCUUCCCACAGUCCGGCGGCCCAUCAGCAGGCUCUCAGCCCAAUGCACAGUGUGGAAUCCCCGGCAUCGUCGGCAGCUACCCAACCACCUACUCCGCUGGCGCACUCGCCGGCGGAGCAGCAGCACUCGCCGUAUCAGCAGCCCGUACUGUCACCUUAUCAGCAGCCCCAGCAACAGGUGCAACCACCCGUUGUGCCGCCUGUACAACCAGCAACAGGUGUUGUGCCUUCAGCGGCUCUGAGCAACAACGGUUAUGCGCCCACUCACGACAGCUACCAGCAACUUCAGCAGCAACAGCGAUCCUUGUAUAAUCCAGCCACUUUGAUUAAUCCUCUGCCAAGUUCUACAGCUGCAAAUUCCUCCAUAACCAAGCCGAAUAAUGAUUGGAGCCUAAAUCGCAGUCUGUUGCCGCCCACCAUUACCAAUACUGUAAAUCAGGCAACACAACAGCAGCAACAACAGCAACAACCUGGGCAGUUGCAACAGCAACCGCAAAUGCAAGCGACGCCACAGCAGCUGCAGGCAACAACCCAACAGCAAUUACAAGCAACGCCUCAACAGCAGCAACAGUUGCAAACCCCACAGCAGCAACAAUUGCAGACACCACAGCAGCAACAGUUGCAAACACCACAGCAGCAACAAUUGCAGACCCCACAGCAGCAACAACAGGUGCUGGGCCAUCAACAGCAACAUAAACCGAAAUAUCCAACCUAUGCGCAAUAUCAGUCAACAAAUGCCGCAGCUAAUGCUGCAGCAGCAGCAGAUGCGGUGGAUACGAUGCAACAACAGCAACAGCAACAGCAAAAGAUUGUGCCUCCAACUUAUGGCAGUGAUAUGGCCACAUUUAUGCAGCAUCAAAUGCAGCAGCCUCCCAAAACAGAUACAUUAAUAAAUCCUCUCAAACGACCUGGAGAGGAAAUUGGCACGGAUUACAGUGGAAACGCGGCAAAUAAAAUGCCAAAAAUAGACGAAUCUGCCACGCAGCUACCGCAGCCUCAGUUGCAACAACAACAACAGCAGCAGCCACAAAGCCAGAAUCAAACUCAAUCCCUGCUCAACAAACAACAGCAAAUGUUCAAUAGUUUCUUGGGUUCCAUGGCUUUCGGCAAACCAAUUGGGAACAUUGCACCCGACAAAGCGUUUGAGAUGUAUAACAGAGCGGCAGCUAUGGGUUUUCCCAAAGACUUCGCGAAAGACAAUAGUUGUCAGCUCCAGCAGCAGCAAUCGCCACAAGUCGCUACCAACAAGCAGCAGACAAACCAACAAGCGCAGCAACAAUUGCAAACGCCCCAGCAACAGCAGCAACAAGAGAGACAACAGCAAACGCAGCAUAUGAUUGGAAUGAGUCACCAACAAAAGUCUAGUCUGGAGAUACUACAGUUGCAGCAGCAGCAACAGCAGCAGCAAAACCAGGCUCAAAAGUUGCCACAACAGCAGCAGCAACAACCGCAACAAAUUAACUACCAGCAACAGCAGGCGCAACUCAACCACAAUUAUACCGCGCAGCAACAGCAACCUACAGUGUCUGACAAACCUACUGUACCACAGUCUGCAGUUGCUGCAGCGGUGAGCGAUGCCAGCAGCAACAUGAUGCACUUGCCUUCAACCGCCCACCAGCAUCAUCUCAGCCAGACGCAUCAUCUGGCCGCCUACAACAAGCCGACGCCGCCUCCGCCCCAAACCUACAGCAACCCCUUGAUGCAAUCGAUGUUGGGCUAUGCCGGAAACUACUUCGACAAGACCAUGCCGCCGGCGGCCCAUAUGUACAGUGCCUCAAGUUCAGCGGCCACGGCCUAUGGCAAUCCGGCUCAGCAAUUGCCCGGUAACUAUGUUCCCGGGAACAACAAUCCUGCACACCAGCAAACGCAGCAACAACAACAACAGCAGCCGCCUCCUUCAGUUGCCCCAGCCGAGGUCAAGGCUCCAGCGAAAAGAGGAAGGAAAAAGAAGGCGGCCACAAUUGCAGCCGAAGCAGCAAAGCAGCAGCAGCAACAACAGCAGCAGCAAGCGCAGCAACAACAAUCACAACAAUCCCAGCACAUGAUUGGAAUGAACCACCAGCAAGAACCUACUCAGGAACUCCUACAGUUGCAGCAGCAAAAUCAGACCCAAAAAUUGCCACAACAGCAGCAACACCAAGCCAUGCCCCAAUACAACAUGCCCCAGUCGGUGUCCUCCGUUUCCGCAGUCGCGACGACCAAUAAUCAGCUGCAGGCACAUGCGCAGGCGCUGCACCAAGGCUUUCAAUUGUAUGCGGGCUUAAAAUCCGGAGGAGUAUCCUCGCCAGCAGCAACGCCGACCACUAGUGGAACUACCAGCAAUCAAACGGCGCCUGAUGCGGCAGCAAUUUCGCUCAAAACAUCGACAGGUGGAAUGGUGCCGGGAAGUGCCUUCAAUUUUGCGCCUACUCCAGGAGCUCUGGGCUUAUACGGGGAUCAAGCAGCGGCGGCCAGUAGUUAUCUGGACCAGUUCAGAGAUGCACCCAAUCCCUAUUAUAUGCCACCGGCACCGGCACACAGCGGUGCAACAGCAAAUCCGGGUGCGAAUUCCGCCGAUAAGAGCCAGAACCCACUGAAUACGGCAGCGGGAUCGUAUCCCUUCCUGGCGGCGGCACAUCCAUCAACGCGGGCAGCAGCUGCUGCAGCAGCCUAUCCGUUUGCGGAUCCCAACUCGCAGCUGUAUCAGCAGUACCUACGACGCGAUGACUUCCAUACGCGGAUGAUCUUCAACCAGAGUCUGCUGGGCGGGCCGGCCGCGGCGGCGGCAGCAGCCGGAUAUGGGCAACCGCCGCCGCCGCCUUCCGCCUACCAACGCGCCACACUGGGCAUGCCCAAGCCGUAUGACAUUAAUCGGCAGUCAUGGUUUUAGCAGUACGCCAGUGCCGCCAACGUGGAUCUCCAAGGGGACGACUUGACGGGGGCGGCAACUGGAACAGCAUCGGGAUCAGCGGCAGCAUCAGCUUCGGCGGCAGCCACUCAGCGAUAAGAUCGAAGGAGUUUACAGGCUUAGAAAGGUUUCAAACCCACAGGCAAAUUGGUUCCAAAGAGGUUAACAACCACCUGAGUUUUCGUUUCGUUUGCCGGAAUUAAAGUAGCUUAUUUUUUGACCCCCGCUCUUUGUUUUUCAAAUUCUUAAUAAUGUUCAAAGAUUUUUAUAGUUUUGAUGUCCUAAGCUGUCAGAGUUAUCCCUAUCCCUAUCAAAUUAUUUAAUAUAGACAAUAUCGGCAACAUA